AUGAUGAAUCGGUCUCUAUUCCGUGCGGCCGCCCGAACGCCCCAGGCGAGUCGUACAGUCGCCAGUCGUCGAUGCGCGUCCUCCGCAGUGUUCAACUGGGAGGAUCCUCUCGCCUCGGCGGAGCUCUUUACGGAAGAGGAAUUGGCCAUCCAAGACACCGCUCGACAGUAUUGUCAAGACAGACUACUGCCACGAGUUUUAGAGGCCUACCGAAAUGAAGACUACGACCGUAAGAUUCUGGAGGAGAUGGGUGAAAUUGGUCUGCUCGGUGCUUCGAUUGAAGGAUAUGGGUGCGCCGGCGUCAGCACGGUGGCUUCUGGUCUGAUCACCAAGGAGGUCGAGCGAGUGGACUCUGGAUACCGUUCAGGCAUGUCGGUGCAAAGCUCAUUAGCCAUGACGGGUAUCUACGAGUUUGGUACAGAGGAACAGAAGCAACGGUUCUUGCCUGAGCUGGCUAAGGGAAAAUUGUCUGGAUGUUUCGGUCUCACGGAACCAAAUCAUGGCUCCGACCCCGGCUCCAUGGAGACAGUGGCACGCGAGCACCCGACACAGAAGGGGACAUACCUGUUGACUGGCAGCAAGACCUGGAUCACCAACUCGCCCAUCGCCGACCUGGCGUUGGUCUGGGCCAAGUUGGAAACGACGGGGAAGAUCAAGGGAUUCAUUGUUGAGCGAUCACGCUGCCCCCCCGGUACUUUCGAGACCCCUGCUAUUAAGAACAAGAGUGCUCUCCGCGCGUCGAUCACAGGCAUGAUUCAGAUGGACGAUUGCCCGGUUCCAGCAGAGAACAUGUUCCCCGACGUCGAGGGGCUGACGGGCCCCUUCACCUGUCUCAAUAGCGCUCGCUUGGGAAUCGCGUUUGGCACCAUGGGUGCUUUGGAGGACUGUCUCGCUCGAGCCCGGGAGUACAGCCUGGAGCGGAAGCAGUUCAAGGGAAACCCACUGGCCAAGUAUCAGCUUGUGCAGAAAAAAUUGGCGGAUGCAGCCACCGAUGCUGCGUAUGGUACUUUGGCUGCAGUGCAGGUGGCUCGCCUGAAAGACGCCGGCAAAGCCACGCCUGAAAUGAUCUCUAUGGUGAAGCGCCAGAACUGCGACCGAGCAUUGGCCAAUUCUCGAAUUCUUCAAGAAAUCUUUGGAGGCAAUGCGGCUAGUGAUGAGUACCACAUUGGACGUCACGUCGCCAACUUAUUCGUCGUCCAGACCUACGAGGGACAGAGCGAUAUCCACGCUCUCAUUCUCGGCCGCGCCAUUACUGGCAAGCAAGCCUUUGUCUGA